GCUUUAUUACACGUCAUUCGAUAUUUUAGCAUUAAAUCUUACUAAGUAAUAUUUUUCUAAUUUUAAAUAUUUUUUGGACAUUGCUGAUAGUGAUUACAGAUAAUGCUGCUUAUUGUAUUUUGGUGCAUUAAUUGUUCAUAGAGAUAAAUACAGAGUUCACAAUUCACAUUGCGUUUUCACUAAUCCAUAUUUCGCUUAUUUAUCAGUAAAUUUGAAUAAUGCAAUGCCAGCAAGACGUCGAUUUGCGGGCUUUGAGCCUCAGCAGUCUUCAAUAUUGAUUGAGAAUAAUCACAAUGGACAGAAUUUAAGUCAAGGAUUCCACAGCUUCUCAAACUCUUUUAUUGCUAAUGAGAGCAGUUCCUACGAUAAUUCUAAUUCAGCUGUGAAACUUACUAAUCCAGAAACAGAAGUAAUCAUGACUUCCAGAGAUCGAACCAACGAGUUUGUUAAAGCAAUUCAGUCUUUGCAAAAUAGAAAUAUAUCGAGGGCUGUAGGAUUCAGGGAUGCUCGAAAAGCUAAAGUUAUCCAGAGUUAUUCAGAAUUUAUGGCCUUAGCUAGACAUGUUGGGAGAAAUAUUGCAAGCACAUAUGCUAAAUUGGAAAAGAUGACCAUGUUAGCUAAAAGAAAAUCUUUAUUUGAUGAUCGUGGGUCAGAAAUUCAAGAAUUAACAUAUAUAAUUAAAGGUGAUUUAAGCUCCUUAAAUCAACAAAUUGCUAAAUUACAAGAUGUUUCAAAAUCACAGAGAAACAAUUCAUCUGGAAAACAUUUAAAUUCACAUUCUUCAAGUGUAGUGUUGGCGCUACAGUCAAAAUUGGCUACAAUGAGUAACAACUUUAAACAAAUACUUGAAGUGCGAACAGAAAAUUUGAAACAACAGAAAAACCGAAGGGAACAGUUCAGUCAAAGAAGUGUUAAUACAGCUAUUCCACCAAAUGUCAACAGAGCGCAUCAAGGUAGUUUACUCUUAGCAAAUGAGCAAGUAAAUAUAGAUCUGGAGGGCAGUUCAUCACAACCUUUGCUGCCAGUUAAUUCUCAGACACAACAAAUGCUGAUGCAAGAUGAAACAGAUAAUUAUCUGCAAAAUCGAGCAGAAACAAUGCAAAAUAUAGAAAGCACAAUUGUAGAGCUCGGAGGGAUAUUCCAGCAAUUGGCUCAUAUGGUGAAAGAGCAAGAAGAAAUGGUUGAGAGAAUUGAUCACAAUGUCCAAGAUGCUGAACUCAAUAUAGAAGCAGCUCACACUGAGAUACUAAAAUAUUUUAAAAGCGUCACAAAUAACAGGUGGUUGAUGAUAAAAAUAUUUGGUGUACUGAUAUUCUUUUUUAUAUUUUUUGUAGUAUUCAUGGCAUGAUAGAAAGAUAAA